CCUUAUUUCCGAAAUGAAAGGCAUUUAGUUAGCUGAGAGAGUGGCUUUGGAACCCUAGAUUUUCUACUGCCAGGUUCACCGCAAUUUUCGCUGCCGUUUUCAUUGUCGGCGCCAUUACCACUGUCGUGUUCAUUGCAGUAGAGAGCUUUUGGAUCGAGCCACCUCUUCUAUCAACGUGUUUUUGGAUCAAAUCUGUUCUCUAUACUGUCUCCCCUGCUGCCACCGCAGUUUUCACCACCGUUGCCGCCACAGUUUCUGCCGUCGAUGCCACCGUAGUUGCCGUGGUACAACGUAUUUUCAGAUCUGUUCAUUCCUGAGCUUCUUCUUCAACGCCGCAUUCUCUCACUCCAAUUUCUCCUUUGAACUGCUGCUGAGCAGAUCUCAUAUGAGAAGACAGCCACUAAUAAUAUAGCAGAGGCAGAGUUUUAUACUUCACCAGUUUCUUACUAUUGCUUUUGAACAAAGUUUGUUGAGAUUCCAGAAUCGUGACCUUGGAUCUCUCAUAGUGUACUCAAUUGAAGCCACAAUAAACGCAGAUUUUGUGGUACCCUCAAGCACCUUAAUUGGUUAAUAAUAAUUAAUGAUGCCUAAUACAAUAAGCUAAGCUAAUUGAGCUACUAGCAUAUAUAAGAAGCAGAAAGCAUACAUUAUAGUUUUGAAGUUUGCGUGCGCUAUAAAAUUACUUGGUUUACCAUGCAGAAAGCAACUACAUGACUUUUAACCUCAAAAAGGUACAGCUUUGAAAUUUUUGGUGGGAGGGGGAUUUAUUUGGAGAAAAAUGGAGUUUGAUCUGUUUUAAUUUUCAUAUGAUUGGACAAACCAUACUGGUUUUUAGGACAUUCUUCAAUAUUUGACUUAGCAGUAGUUAUUUCACAUUGAUAGAGUUGCAAAAACUUUCUCUAGCUCAUUCAAAUUUUUUAUUGUGUGCUUAUUCAUGUGAUAAGUUAUUUUCCUCAUCUACAGUUAAAGGAAACCUGAAACUUCUGAUGCCACCACCAUAAUCAUUGGUCAUCUAGUCAUGCCAAGGAGAAAACGCAUAAAAAAUCUAUUGAAGUUUGUAGAUGAGAGGGAAAACAACAAUGCUUCUCAUUCACUUCAACCUCCAGCACCAGCAGCAUCUGAAGAUACUACUGUAGAGGCUGGUGAGGCUCCUUCUCAAGCUCUUUCUCAAGUCGCUGCAAAUUCCAUUUCAUCUAAUGGAGCCACACGUUGUUCUAACUCAAAGUCUUCAUCUACUUGGAAUGUGGAGAUAAUUGACUCUACAAAUGUGAAGAAGAAGGCUAAGAUCAAAGUCAAGGAUGUUUGCAACUUAUCUAGGGGAGACCGUGUAAUUGUAGAGGUUGACGAAGAGGGUGCGACAUAUGGUGAAGCACAAGGUUUACUUGCUGGCUAUUGUGGUAUAUUAGCAACUAAUGCACGUAUCUUUCCAAUUAGCUUUGAAAAGUGGUCAGGACAAGAAAAUGGUGGCAUGCCUAAGUCUUUCAAGGAUGAGUGCUUUGAUUCAAUGAUAAAGCCCCACUUCCAUUUUACAAGCACAGAAAAGAUUGCCUACAGGUAUUGCAUUCAAAGUAUUGCAAAGAAGUGGGGAACAUAUAGACAAAGAUUGUGGAAUGAGUUCUAUGAUCCAACUAUGAGAAAAGAAGCAUUGGUGAACAAUGUGCCUGAUGAUAUUCCAAGAGAUCAAUGGGCUUGUUUUGUCAAUUAUCGACUAAAACCGUCUACAGUUGAGCUUUGCAUGAAAAAUAAGGAAAAUCAAAGUAAGCAAACCAUUCCUCACACUUGUGGAUCUAAAUCCAACUCUCGGAGGCGACAUGAGAUGUACUUGUAAAUGGGAAAGAAGCCUAGUAGAGGAAUGAUGUACAUUGAAACACAUAAGAGAAAGGAUGGGUCUUUUGUAAAUAACGAGGCAUUAACUAUAGUGGAACAAAUUGAGCUGAAUAUGACAUAGUCAAAUGCACAAUUUGAGGUGUCCCCUAAUGAUGCUAUUGGUAAAGUUUUGGGGCCUAAACACUCUGGGAGAGUUCGUUGCAUCGGCAUGGGAGCAGCGCCUACGAAUACCUUUAGGAGUGUGAGAAGUCGGCUUAAUGGGAUGACCAUCUCCACUAAUUCAGCUGGAUCUUCUUCGCCUACUACUGCUGCAAUUUUACAGGAAAAGAUCAAUAAUUUGGAGUCCGACUUACAUAAUUCACAGCAAAAGGUUACUAGUCUAGAGUCUAAGUUGCAGCAAUCAUUUGAUAUGAUGAAAGCAUACCUAAUGAUGAAAGAAGAAGGAAUUCCCGAAGCGCUUGUCGGCUUCUUUUCUAGCCGAGAGGCUAAUGAUGCUGAAAGCGAGCCUACUACUCCCUUUGAUGCUAGGAGAUCAGCUGGUGAUAGCAACAGACAUCCGAGAAUAAAUAUUUGAGACUUUAUGUAAUUAGAUGAUAUUGAAAUAUUGAAGUUGUUGUUUUAUUUUACUUUUUAAAGAAAAACAAUAAUAGUUAUGUAGAACAAUACAUAUGCAAUUAUAUUUGGAACUA